GGCAAGUGUUCCAACAUCUCCUUAGGUGUUCCCAGCUCUUAUGCAAUCGAAAUACUUCAGGUCGUUUCACCUACCGUAACGCUAACGUCUUUGAGACUUUACGAAAUUCCGGGCAGAUUGCGGUUCGCUAUGUGGACGGAGACGGCCACCCAAGUAUGAUGUACCCAUGGAAUCCGAAUGGCUCCGAGGACGCGGUGGCAGCUAUCUGUAGCCAGGAUGGGCGUCAUUUGGCCAUGAUGCCUCACUCAGACAGGUCAUUCCUCUCCUGGCAAUGGGCAGAAUAUCCAACUGAAUGGGAAACCUCAGAAAAUCACACUGCACCGUGGAUAAAAAUGUUCCAGAAUGCGUAUUCUUGGGUUACGGAGGAUAAAAGCUGUUAUUCUUGUGGUUUCCUGUGA